GUGCCGUCGCAACCAAGAAAGCCUCGAAAGAAGAGGAUUCUGACGAAGACGAAGACGAGGAGAUGGCAGAGGCUUCUAAGAAGAGAAAGGAACCCGAAAAGGCCAAGAAGGAGGAUGGUGCCGCGGGAGACAAGCGCAGAGUGUUCCUGGGCGGCCUCCCCUUCAAGGCUACUGAGAAGGACAUCAAGAAAAUGUUUGAGUCUUGUGGUGCCAUCGAGAACAUUGAGCUCCCCAUGAAUGCCGAUAGUCGCCCGGCAGGCUUUGGCUUCCUUACCUUCAAGGACGCAGACUCUGUCGCCAAGGCUGUUGCUAUGGAUGGGCAGGAGCUGAUGGGCCGAUGGGUCAAAGUCAAGGAGGCGGACGGCACGGAGGGAAGCGCAGGCAAGAAACCAUUCACGCCAAACCGCGAGCCAAAGCCAAAGCCGGACGGUUGCACGACCAUCUUCAUGGGAAACCUCUCAUGGGACGUGGAUGAGGACACGAUCCGCAGCUUCUUCGCGGACUGCGGCGAAGUUGUCAACGUUCGCUUUGCGACGGACCGAGAGACCGGAGACUUUAAGGGCUUCGGCCACGUGCAGUUCGCUGAGUCCAGCGCGACUGACUUGGCUGUGGCUAAGGGCGGGGAGUUCGUGGCGGGUCGUGCAAUCCGCGUGGACUUCGCGGAAGAUCGCAAGCCUCCAGGCAGUGCAGGCAGUGCAGGCGGUGGAGGAGGUGGAGGACGAGGCGGUGGCCGUGGAGGUUUUGGAGGAGGACGUGGCGGUGGAGGACGUGGCGGAGGCAGAGGAGGUGGGCGAGGCGGGUUUGGAGGGACACCAAACAAGAACAAGGGGUCGAUCCAAGAGAGCACUGGCAAGAAGAUCACCUUCGACGACUAGUGGCCCUGUCUGGUUCUGCCCUGACCUUCCUCUCCCUCGUUUACUUCUUCCAAAAGCCUUUAGUGAAGGGACCAGAGACGUACAAGUAUGCUACAUGUGUACAUAUAAACAUCGUCUGACGGCGUUUGCUUUAAUGAUAAUCUAGAGAGUUGAGUUCUAAUCACUGUGUGAGUGGUCUUGUUUGUUCCUCUGAAAAAUAAAACUAUCCUGGCAAAAA